GCACUCUAAUGGUCUAGUAAACGUCAUUGCUUGUAGAGUUAUUUUUAGAGCAAAUUAGGUUGAGGUCAGUUUAUAGCAUGCAGGAAGUGCCAGGAUCCUAAGGCACUGAGCUGGGCGAGCUGGUUCUGGAAGAUACGUGACAAUCUAAACCGGGGAGAUCAUUAUGGAGAGUGCUAAUGAUACAGGAGUGUACGACAAGGUAAAGGAUUACUAUGGACACACCAUACAGACCACUGAUGACCUCGCCACCAACGCCUGCACGAUGGACAAGAGUGCCAUGACUCGCCCCAUUAGAGAGGCGACAGCUCUUAUUCAUCCUGAGAUAAUACAAAAGAACUAUGGGUGUGGGGCAGUUAUCCCUGAGGGGGUGAAGGGCCGUAGCAUGUUGGACCUUGGCUCGGGGGCAGGGCUUGACUGUUUUGUGCUGAGUCGGCUAGUUGGGGAGGAGGGCCGUGUGGUGGGUGUGGACAUGACCAAGGAACAACUAGAUGUUGCUAGGAGAUACGUUGACUAUCACACGGAGAAGUUUGGCUACAGUUGUCCCAACGUGGAGUUCAAAGAAGGCUACAUAGAGUGUCUGGAUAAAGCAGGGAUAGAGAGUGAAACAUUUGACUUUAUUGUGUCCAACUGUGUUGUAAACUUAUCCCCAGAUAAAGGAGCUGUGCUCAGAGAAGCGUAUAGAGUGCUCAAACCCGGGGGACAAAUGUACUUUAGCGACAUCUACACAAACCAGGAGAUGCCUCAGGCGCUAAAGGACAACUCUGUACUUUGGGGAGAGUGUUUGUCUGGUGCUCUCAAGUGGACAGAGCUCGUUCAGUUGGCAAUGGACAUUGGAUUUGCUCCACCCAUUCUUGUGACGUCUGUCACUUUUACUAGCGACAAUGACACAGUGUCACAGUUAUUAGCGGAAGCUGGCUCACCUGAUCUCAAGUUCUGUACAGCCACUUAUCGUCUGAUCAAGACUUCCUGGGACAAAUGCAACACUGAUGACCCCAUUGUGGAUGUUGAGUACAAAGGAGGUAUCAGUGGCCAUGAGAAGAGUGUGAAGUUCUCUUACCAGGGAGAGCUAUUGGCUAAUACAAAGGUGCCAAUGCCUGAAUCCACGGCUACUCUACUGUCCCAACUGCCCAUGGAUGUGUCGAUUGUUGGUCCCUCCCCCUCAAUCACCACUCCCUACCCCAAGAUCUCCGGAUACCUCACGGUUGAUCCAUUCAAAGUUGCUGGGGGAUCAAUAGAAAUGACCACUCCUAAAGCUCUUAGUGGAGGUUGUUGCAGUGGACCUAAAUCAUGUUGCUCAUGACAAACAUGACUGUGUGUAUUAUCUAUAUGUAUGUGAGCGCUAGUUUAAACACUGAACUAUGCAACUAUAUUGUGUUCUUAUUAGGGAUUAUGUGCUAAUGUUUUGAUAAUUCGCUGUGUUUGUGUGCCAGCUAUUCCUUUCUCCGACCGUUUGUUUGUUUGUCCAUAUGAUACAAUGGGAA